AGCACCCACCCAGUGUUGAACCGUGGUGGGCGUGUACCAACAGUGCUAGCUAACAAUGAUAAAACACGUCAGUGGCUACAGUAAGCUUUAUGUUGUCUUCAGACUGUUUCUGUUACAGCAAAUCCUGAUGCGUUAGGAGUCUUUACAUUAACGCCCGAUGUAGCAUUUGAGCUUCUUGGUUCAUCUUUCAGUGACCAAUAGACACGUUAACAGACAGCGGUGAUUCAGCUAGCUACAGAAAACCCCCUCAGAGCCUCAACAACGAUAACGGUCAUUGAUGUUAACGUCCGUCGUUUGAUGUAUAUCGUUGUCGGAUCUCGUCAUUGUUUUAUUUACUGCUGGGCUUCGAUCUUCCAAGAUGUAUGGGAUGUCGGGGUGACAGGAAGAUGGCAAACGGGGUUGGAAGUGAGUAACGUUGGUACAUAGCAGCGUGCCUAGCAGAUGUCACGGCAUGCUAUCCGCUAGCGAACACAAGCUGCUAGUCAUUGAACCAACCGAGCCAUGGUCAGUGAGGGAGAAGCUGUGUCUGGCCACGUCUGUCAUGAAGAGUGGAGACCAGAACUGGGUAUCUGUCAGUCGAGCCAUCAAACCAUUUGCAGAACCCGGGCGCCCACCUGACUGGUUCUCUCAAAAGCACUGUGCCUCAAAGUACUCUGAGCUCCUGGAAUCAACAGAGGCCCCAAAGCGGAAGCGUGGUGAGAGGGGUGAAGUGGUGGAGACAGUGGAGGACGUGAUAGUACGCAAGCUGACAGUUGACAGGAUUGAUGCACUAAAAAAGUUGAUCAAAGAAACGCAGGAGAAGCACAGGAAGCUGAAGAGAGAGGCUGAACUGAUUCAAGCAGGACGCCUAGAUUCCAAACUAGAAGUAUUAUGGCAAGAAAUUCUGCAGAAGAAGAAACUGGAGGAAGAGGAAGCAGAGUUGAAAAGAAAAAGAACAAAUGCUGCUUAUCAAGCCAGACAGGUGGCAAAGAACACACCAAAGCGAUUGCCUGGUGUCAACAUGCAUCCGCCCUCAGGCUGCAGCUCCCCGAGCCAGGACUUCUCCCCAGGUGACCCGUUUGACUGCUCCACCCUAGAUCCUGGAUCAACAAAAAAUGCUUCAGGUUCAUCCAGAUUAAUGACAAUUGCUGAAACUUCUAGUCCCGAUCAUGAGGACAUCAGCCAUGGGUCAUUUCUUGACGACCCCACCCAAAAGAAGCCCCUGGUUCAGAAAACUACACCACCACCAUCUCCACUCCUGUCCGAGUUACUGAAGAAAGGCAGUAUCUUGGCCACAAAUUCCAGACUGAUUGGGGAUGGUGAUGUGACCGCUGGAAAUCUGACAGGAGCACACGACUUGCAGCAGGCUCCGGCUAGUCAACCUAUCUCUCAAGCAACAGGUGCCCCGAUGUUGUCUCGUCUUCUGGAGGCUGGUCCCGCCCAGUUUUCUGCUCCGUUAGGGUUCAUGGUCAAUGCAGACUCAGCCUCCAGUGCUCCUCUUUCUGCUGCCACUUCUGUGCCUGUUGACUCUCCUGCCUCAGCAAGUACAGAGGUGGGUGUGACGGGUCCUGGAUGCCAGUCUGUCUCUGCAGAGGAUAAAGUGUCAGAGCUCAGAGAGGAGGACGUGACUGUGUGCUACAUGGGGGAUGAGCUUGACUUGAAGACAGUGGGGGACAUAAUCGCCAUAAUCGAGGACAAGGCAGAGGAGACUGCAGAGGCUUUGGAUGCAGCCGCAGUUGAGGCUGCGCUGUCACUAUGUGAGGAGAACGGCCAUGCUUUGUCUGGUGCCUGGGAAGCUGGGCCUCUCCAGCCCCAUGAGUCUCACCUCGCAGUGCCCACAGGGGUCCCACAGUCCUCGUCUCUUCACAGUAGCCUGGAGGGGAAGACAGAAGUGUUAGAAGCCCAGUGUGGGGCUUCAGCUUCACUCUCCUCUCUGUGCAACAGUCAAGAUAACUGUCUCCCAGCCUUCCCCAUGGGACUAAGGGGCCCUCCUCCCACCUUCUCCUACUCCUCGUCCUCCUCCUCGUCCUCCUCACACAGCUCAAAGAGUUGCUACACAGGGGCACCUCCACAGCCCGAGGCAAUGAGAGAGACUGGAGAGUUGGUGCACCACAAAAGACAUAUUUCAUUGGAUGUUACUAUAAAAUGUGAGAGUGAGAAGCACAGACCUGAAAAACCCAGUGGAGACUCAGUAUUAGAAGAUAGACCUCUGACAGAAAGGCACCGCAAGGAGAUGAAAGCGGAGGAUGGAAUAAGUGUUCUGGGAGGAGAGAGUGCCUCAGAGACUAAACUGUACAAUGAGCUUGAUGAGCCAGAAGCAGGUGGAGAAGAAGAGAGCGAUGGUGUGGAGGGAUUCUUUUCAGAGCCAGACGGCGAGAUGGAGCUAGAACCUGCAGCCAGCGAGAGCGAGGAUGGAUACAGCCUCCACACGGCCUCCUCUUCUCUGCAGCUCCACACAACGGCAGACUCCAUCCCCAGCAGCCCUGCCUCGUCGCUGUUUUCUCUGUGCAGUGACGACCUGGAGGCUCUACAGGCUCACAAGAUCUGGAAGAAAGCCAUUAUGCUGGUGUGGCGUGCAGCAGCCAAUCACAGGUAUGCAAAUGUCUUCCUGCAGCCAGUGACAGAUGAAAUUGCACCUGGGUACCACAGUAUUGUGCAGAGGCCCAUGGACCUUGCCGCCAUUAAAAAGAGCAUAGAGACUGGUUUGAUCCGCACCACCGCUGAGUUCCAGAGGGACAUCAUGCUGAUGUUUCAGAACGCCGUCAUGUACAACAGCCUGGAUCAUGACGUGUACCACAUGGCUCUGGAGAUGCAGCGCGACGUCCUGGAGCAGAUCCAGCAGUAUCUGGCUACCCAGCUCAUCAUGGAGACGUCGGAGUCCGGUAUCAGCGCCAAGAGCCUGAGGGGCCGUGAGAGCACACGCAAACAGGACUCCACUGACAAGGACACUGUCUCCAUGUCCUCUCCUGCCUUUCUUCUUUCUCUUUUUGAUGGAGGCACCAGAGGGCGCCGUUGUGCCAUAGAAGCUGACCUCAAGAUGAAGAAAUGAAAAGCAUCGGAACGUUUGAUCCCACAGAGUUAAAGGGACGACGACUGAAUUUAUUCCGUCAGUUACACGGAUUCUCGCUUAGCAUUAAAUGCAGUGUAAACUUUAUUUGCACUCUAAAUUGUAUGGGUAGACUGGGGCUCAUUUCCGCUGAGACAGCCAUACAGACAUGGAUUACAAACUGUAUAAUCCCAGAUUACAAUGGGGCAAGAGAAUAGGUCAUACCUUUCAUAGAUGUAGCUGCAGAUCACUUAGAUUUAGCCCGCUCUAAAUUAAAUCAGGUUGUAUUAGCAAAGAUAAAUGUCACUCAUUGUCUACAAAUUGGCUGAAAUGAAGCCUUCACGAGGCCUGGGUGCACUUGAGAUUCUUGUGGUUGAUUUCGAGAGACAUACCGUGUUGAUACUGAUAUUUAAAACCAGAGGCCAAAGAGUCUGAUUUACCUAGAAGUCCAGAAUAAUCAGGGAGGGGGCACAUAAUCAUUUAAAACAUUUUAAUUGCAGGAAUAAAAUCAUUUGACGAAUUGAGUUCUUGUUUAAAAAAAAAAAAUGCACAGAUAAUUUGUGGCUGUAUUUUUGUGAAACGAUACCAUUAUUGAAUAUUUUAAGUCAUAGUCAGUAUUUUUGAGUAAGUGUCAUUCAACUGUUUUGUGGAUUUUAAAAUGUAUAAUCAAUAAAAGCGUCUUAAAGAGCCCUCAACCCACUAUGUUAAACUUGAAUUUGCACAAAUGUCUCCCAAAGACUCAAAACACACCGCAGCAGUCACCAUGAACCUAAUCAAAAGUCUUCACGCAAGGCAGCGACGAUCAUUGGAAUAUUGAUUGAGAUUUCCUAUUAGACAUUAUUGCAAGCAUUUAAUAUCCUUAUUCAUUUUGAAUACAAAAGUGCUUUGCCUCAUCCGUGAUAUUGAUGUUAGAUAUACUGUGUGUUGGUAGGAGAAAGCAUGCAGAUGUUCUCAGGAAAGCCAAACGGCUCGUAACUGUUCAGAUUAACGCAAGCACUACAAGAGAAAUAAGUGAAACAGUGUUGUGUUGCCUAAAAUAUCUGUGUCUAACAUGUCCACACAAAUGGGACCCGCUUUUUUUCCCACAAAGCUCCCACUCUGGUGAAAGACCAAUAAGGAAGGGCUCUGCAUCUGACGUUUAGUUAGUCAUGUUCGGUGUUAUGUAAAAUGGCCUGAUUAUUAAAACAUAUUCAUAGCUUUCAUUGAAGCCAGCUCAUGUUCAGGAUCGCACAGUGUGGCUGUUUUGUUUAAAUGUGGAACGUGUCUUCAUGAUUGCAAUAUGACCAUAAACUAAGGUUUUUCCAUUUCCAUUAAAGAGGCCCUAUGAUGCUU